AUGUCCAGGCCAAUUUCUCAAAUAUUACCACCUGACCUUCCAGCAGGGACCAGUCCACAGCUCGGUCCUGCAAACCCUGCAGGUACCACCACCAAUGGCCACCUGAAUAAUUCCAUGGCCAAUCUGAAAACCCUUCUUCAGCUGCCUAUUAAAGGGGACCAGAGAGGGAAGGACUGCUGUGAGAUGAAAGUCUCAGAUAAAGACAAACCUUUAGACUCUGAUGAGGAUUCGCUGGGUGGAGGUGGUGGUGGAGGUGGAGGUAUGAACGGUGGAAAUGGUGUCCUGCGUUCCACCAACCAGUCCGCCUUCCUGGGCCCAUUGCUAUGGGAGCGCACCUUGCCAUGCGACGGCGGCCUCUUCCAGCUACAAUACAUGGACUUGGAGGAGUUCUUGACGGAGAACGGGAUGGGGUGCAUGCCAUCAGGGAACACCUGCAGUACGGCCGCACAGGUCCCAUCUCAGAGCACACAGUCAGCCGUACCCAGCCAGAGCUCCCAAUGUCCACCUUCAUCCUCUCCGCCAUGCUCUUCUUCAGCCUCCUCCAUAUCUUCCCUCUCCUCGUCGUCUUCAUCUUCCUCUUUACUGGGUCUGGACGUGCCACAGGGCCCUGGACUGCUGGGAGGUCCAGAGUGUCUGCAUGGGGCGCAAACUGUACCACCUGACCCUUCUCAGAGCCCCUCAUGCCCUCCUCCGCCGGUGGUGCCACCUACCAAUGCGGCUGAUGUGAUGGUGAACUUUGACCCCGACCCUGCUGACCUCGCCCUGUCCAGUGUGCCAGGUCAGGAGGCGUUCGACCCGCGCCGACAUCGCUUCUCAGAGGAAGAGCUGAAGCCGCAGCCGAUGAUCAAGAAGGCCCGCAAGAUGCUGGUGCCAGAUGAACAGAAGGAUGACAAGUACUGGUGUCGGCGCUUGAAAAACAACGAAGCAGCGAAGCGUUCUCGUGACGCUCGACGGCUGAAGGAGAACCAGAUUUCAGUGCGAGCAGCAUUCCUGGAGCGGGAGAACGCCGCGCUACGACAAGAAGUCGCCGAUAUGCGGAAAGAGCUAGGCCGCUGUCGCAACAUCAUCAACAAAUACGAGAGUCGCCAUGGAGACUUAUGA